UGGGUCUGCUGGAGGACACCGCGUUCCGCGUGCUGUCGCACGCGCUGGACGGCCUGCGCGCCGACCCGGUGGAGCACGCGGAGCAAAUCGCCGCGACGGAGGGGGCGCUGCGCGAGCGGGUGCUGGAGCUGGGCGCUGCGAAGCUGCGGGCGACGGAGGAGGAGCACCGCGCCUGCCCGUUCCUCUCGCGGCGCGUGGGCGGCGUGCUGCUGGGCGACCUGCGCCUUGCGGGGGACGCCGCGUUCCAGGAGCUGGUGGCCAAGCGCGACGCAGUGGUGGCGGCGGGUCCCGGCCAGGACCGCGAGGCGCUCGCGGCGGUGGAGCGGCAACUGCGCGGGCGGGCGGGCGAGGUCGCCGCCGCGAAGAAGGCCGUGGACGCAUUCCGCGCCGACGAGGACGAGGCGGUGCGUGCGCGCAACCCCUUCCUCGAGGCGAACGAGGUGCGGUUGGUCCCCCUGCGGUUUCUGGACCUAAGCGAUGAUGCACACUUCAGGGGCCACUACAAGAAGUGGUUGACAGCACUUGGGGAUGAAGUUAUGGACUUGGAAGUUGUUCGUGUGUUUGGCGAGCUUCUGCAAGAGCGGGCUGGAGUGUUGGCAGAGAGGCUGUUGCAACGUUGCGACGGUAAGUUGGCUGAGCUGCGCGAGCGGGGGUUGACGCCCGACGUGGAGGCCUCGCUGCCAUGGGAUCUGCGUGUGGCCCCUGACGUACUGCAGCAUGUGCUGCAGUCUUCAGGGACGGGCGAUGGGUUUAAUGCCGCCGUACGCUGCAUGAGCGAGGCGCUGCUGUCGGCGGAGCGCGGCGUUGCGGCGGAGCUGCAGGCGCUGCGGGUGGCGUGUCCCAUGUGUGUGCGGGACGUCAACCCCGCCGUGGCGCGUGACAAAACGUUUCAGCAGCUGGAGACGAAGCGGCAGUUGCUGCUGCGGUCGUUCGCGGAGAUGGCGGAGAUUGAGUCGUUGGAGGCGGAGCAGCGGAGGCGGGGCGUGGAGCUGCUCCUUGACGCGGACUACGUGGCGGUGGCGCGGCAGGCGUGCGAGGCGACGAAGAAGAGGAAAAUCAACGAAAUGACUGUGCCGGAGAUGACGGCGCGGUGGCGUCACCGCCUCUUGGCGCGUCGCUCGCGCCACCGCGUCGUGGCGUUCCUCGAGGCGCCUGACGGGGAGCGCGGCACUCGCCGUGCCCGAUCGCCGCCGCAUCGGCAGAGGCGGACAGGGUCCAGUGCCGGCAGCAGGUCCAUCCCCUCCUUCGUCGAGGUGCCCGAGAACGUCGCGAUUGAGAUCAAGGAGGGGGACACGCUGCUGCCCAGCAGCGCGUCGUACAGCAGGCGGACGAGCCGCAUCUUCAGCCGCGCCACUUCAUUUGCCCCCUUCCCUGCGGGGAGCGAGGGAGAGGAAGGACUGCCGGCGCCAGGCAACGAGCGGCGGCGGACGUUGCGGCUGCGGCGCCUGCGCUACUGUCGCGGGGGCGGGGGUCUGUCGAUGGAGGCCAUCCUCGACGUGGACGCCAGCCCGCUUGCUGAGGAGGCGGCGGCUGCGCAGGCGAUCAGGGAGACUCACCUCUCCGUGGAUGAGGCACUGGCUGCCUCGGUGGCCGUCGCGGCAGGGGGCUUGGGAGCCUCGCAGCAACAGGCGGAGGCUGAGGCGGAGCGGCAGCAGGCGCGCGCGGAAAAGAAAAAGCGGAGGAAGCAGGUGCUGCGGCGGCGCAUGAAGCUGCGCCGGGGGUCUGGAAAGAGUGCGUCGCAACUGACGGUGAGCAGCAUCCCCGACCUGGAGGCGGGGGAGAUGGUGGAGGCGGGGACGGAGCAGCUGGAGGAGCCGGCGGCCGACCGUCGCGCUCCCGCAAGGCGUGCCCCCAAGCAGGAGGAGCGAGCGCCGCGGCGGCAGCGAAGGAGCGCCAGCGUGCCGAUGCUGAUGGCCCCCGUGCCCGAGCCGGAGGGCGCCGCUCAGCUGCAGGAGGAGGCGCCGGAGGCCCCGCCUCCGCCGCGGGGAGCGUGGCGGGGGCUGCCGCGGCCGAGGGACGAGCGUGCGCAAUCGCCCUCCUGCGUCCGGUGGGCCCGCCGCAGCAUGAAUGACGUCCGCACACACAACUUGAGUGUGACCGAACUUCCGCCGCCGCCGCCGCCGCUGACGCUGCCAAAGCUCUUCCCCCUCCCCUCGGAGGGAGGCAGGGGCGAGGAGGGAGUGGCGGCGGGGGCCUUGACGGGUCUGCCGCCCAGGCCGCCGGAUGAAAAAAGGCGACGCCCGAAGAAGAAGCACGCCGGUCGCAAAGCGCUGCUGCUGGUGACAGACUUGCAGGAGGAUGACCACGGCGAAAUCCCUGAUGCGAUGCGGGACGAGUUCCCGUGGUUUGGACGGCGCGUGUUGGGCUCGACGCUGCGGUCGCGCCCGCAAGAGUUGGAGCCGUCGCCCCGGCGGGCCCGCACGCUUCCGCUGCGGCCGCUUGGGUCCAUAACGCAGGUGGCGGAAAACGAGUCGUCUUCGAUUGCAGACGAUGUCGUCUCCUUGCCUCUGCGCAGCCGGCUGCGGCGGCGCUGCUCCUUUGACCCCUCGCAGAUCUUUCCCGCGGACAGGCGGGAGGCGCAGGAGUUGGAGCGGGAGCGGCGCCUGAUGUUUGAGGCUUUGAUGAAGGCGCGGCCGCGCCUUUCCCGCAACGUCACCGUCGAUGAGCUGGAGUGCGACGCGGACGUGAUGGCGUCAGUGUUCAAGUACGACGACAUCUCGCAGGCGUUCGCGACGCAGCCCAGUCCCCUUGCCGAGGCGUACCUGCGGGAGCUCUUUUCCGCGGCCGUGCAGCGCGUGAUUGAAAUGUCAACUGAGCCACUGCAGCCUGGCUGCUCCAAGCGGGCGGCGGCGGCGCGGCAGUGGCGGCGGCAGGAGCUGGCGGUGCGCGCGGAGGCCCUGCGAAGCGUUAGCACCGGAUGCAUUGACCCCGACGCCUUCUCGGUCAAGAACCCGCGCUGCGUGCCGCAGCCUUGGGCCCAGUUUUGCACGGAGGAACUGGUGCAGGAUAACCGCCUGCAGGAGCUGCUGAACCUCACCAGUGCGGAGCGCGGGGAGAGCAUCCUGCAGUACCUCCUUGCGUGGUCGCGGCGUAAGGAGCGGGAGAGCGAGAACUUAUUUAGCAGCUACCCGUUCCUGCCACCGCUGCCGCACGGCGUUCCCCUCUCUGAGCUGCGGCUUCUCGAGGACGAGGAAUUUCGGCGAUACGCGGCGGCGUACAGCACGCAAGACAGAAAUGAAAACCUUCAGAAGGUCAUGUGUGACGUCGUGGAGCGCCUUGCCAAGCAGCACGCGGGGCUGCGCGGGCGCGAGCGGUUACAAGACAUCUCCUUCAUCCGCCUGCUGCAGGCGGCGUGUGGCGGCGCCGCAUCCCCGCACGCAUCCCUGCGGUCGGCGCCGUUGGGCGGCGGAGAGGCGUCGCCGUCGCGGGGGCGGUCGACGAUUCGUGAGGAGCGGCUCCGCGUCCAAUUCCUCGCGCAGUGCAAGCAGGACUCCCUCUCCCUGCUCAGGCGGCUGAUUGUGCGGAUAAAGAAGGAGCGCACGGCCGACAUCCCGCUCAGCAUUGAGGACAUCGAGACCUUCCGCCGCUUCUUUGAGGUCGUGGACGUGGGCAGCGUUGGCCUGCUGGACCGCGGCAACUUUGUGGAGUUUGUGAUGCUCACCGUCUGCGACGAGCUCGCCAUGACGCGACGCGAGGUGGAGCAGCUGGCCUUCCCCGGCCUCCCGGGCAGCCGGCCGCCGGAGCUCGUCGACUUUAGCGACUUCUCCAACUUCUACAAGUCCCUCGCGCUGCAGGAGGUGAAGCGGCAGGACAGCCGCUUCUGCGAGGAGGCGACGCCGAGCCCCGCGCGGAGCAGACAGGCGUCGCCGCGGCAGCCUUCACCGCGCGUCUCCGACGGCGGCCCCAGGCCAAACAGCGUCCCCGCCGUGGUGUGGGGCGCGACGGCCUCCCCCUUCAUACUGCCGGCGGUGCGCAGCAACAGCGCCUUCGUGAACGCGACCGGCGCCCCUCUGCCCCUGCAGCAGCGACCAGACCCAUUGCUGCCGCAGGCGGAAGUGGCGCGGCCCGGCACACUGCCGAUGCUCAGGGGCGUUGGGACGCCGCGGGGGCAGGCGUGGACGCGGAACAGCGGCAUCGUGCCCCCGAAGCAGCCCUCCGAGGCCUCAAAAGACUGA